AUGACACAAUCAUGUUCGACGGUUCCAGUGGAUCUUUUGCAAAAUUUGAAACUUGGGCUUGUCAGGCCUACUCGUCUUCGAACUCUCGCAUACGAUAAUCGCCUGGAUUCGCUUCGUAUUCUAUACAAGCAUCCUAUACAAAAUGUUACAACUCCCAUUUCCUGUAUGGACAUUGAUCGGACGGAAAACGCAUUUCUUCUCUGUGGAGGAAUCUCUGGAAAGCUCUACUUGUCCAAUCUUUACGUCAGUGACUUUUACGGUCCCGGACACAAGGAAGACCUUCCGAUGCCCGCAACAUUGUUGGUAUCCUUUGUACUAUUUAACUUCAACUAUUUAAUCCGUCACAAAAAUUUCGUAACUGGUUGUCAAUGGUUUCACGACAUCCGACUUUUUGUAUCCGUCAGUUCCGGCGGCGAUCUGACGGCAUGGGAUCUCACAAAUUUGAGUGAAUUGGAAACGUACAAUGUCUGCGAGACUGGUAAAUGGCGGCCUCAGCUCCACUGGAAUGAGAUUGACAGAACAAAUCCGCUAAUAGCUGUCACUAAUGGAUCUAAUCAGAUACCUCUUUAUGAUCUUAGGGUAGGAUAUUUUGCUCAAGCAUUGCGAAGCAAAGGAACCAGUUUAGUAAGAGCUGUGCGCUGGCUACCACACAAGCAUCACAUUCUGUUCUCUGGAAAUGAUGAUGGUGCCAUAGCCGUUUGGGACAUCAGAAGCAACCGUUCAGCCCUUCUAUGGAAAACUUUAAGUAAAGGUAAUUGUAUUCGAGCGAUGCGCCUCACAUCUGAUGGAGCGCAUGUGGUUAUGGUCAUGUAUAGUGGAACUGUUAUGCUGUACGAUUCAGUGACAAUGGAGCGAUUGGGCACGUAUGAGUUCCGUGAUCACCGCAAGUGGAGUGAAAAAAUGUCAAAUUCCCUUGAUCAAUUUGCUAUAUGUGAUGAAGGCUCUUCUAUUCGAGUAGCUUUACCAGUAGGGGAAGACAUUGAAUGGAUAAGCUUCUCAAAGGGAUUCCGUGAAGAACCCCGUGUUUCUCACUGCUCAACUCUCUCUGGUCAUUUAUCACGUGUGAAUGCUUGCGUUUACCGAAAUGGCUCCCAACAGUUAUACUCUGCUGGUGCUGAUCGUAAUGUGCUUUGCUGGGCUCCAGAAAGUGAACGGAAUCGUCUUCAUUUGGAAAUUGAAACAGCGAAAGCAAGUGCAAUAUCGAGCGAUUGGAGUGAUGACGAUUGA